AUUCAAGCCCACAUCUCACGAGUUUCCGAGUUACCUCUACCUAUUUAGUUAUCAGUUUUUUCACAUAGAAAAGUAAGUACUGAGAUCAGCAUACCCUUUAAAGAUUAAGUUAUCUUCAAGAACUUUUUUUACUAGUCGCUGAUCCCGUUACUCACCUCUCACUACUGAUAAGGAGCAACAGUAUUACAAUAUUGAGUCGUUGCCAUCUCGUUCCAUGUUGGAACUGGUGUACACCAUUUCCACACUUAUUCUUUGCAAAAUUAAUCAAAUUGAAAAGUGUUAAACCGAAUAAUGUACCAAGUAGUCGAGUUUGAGGUAACUGUCGGUGGGGGAGUAGCCCUAGUAAUCGCGUGAGACUGCGGAAAAAGCAAGUGUUCAGGCGACCAUUUAAGGAUAGAGCCGCAUUUUACGAGGCGACACUUUUAACGAGGAGACCAGGAAACUAUAUGCGAUUAAGAGGCUAUUUUAUGAUACAGAUUCCAUCAACUGCCGAAGAAUGGCUUCAAAUUUCCAAGAUUGUUUACGAACAAUGGCAAUUUCCACAUUGUGUGGGCUCCAUGGAUGGGAAACAUAUUAUAAUAACAAGCCCUUUCAAUACUGGAAGCGAAUAUUAUAAUUAUAAAUCAAAUUUUAGUAUUGUGUUAUUUGCAGUUGUGGAUGCGGCAUACAAUUUUAUUUUUGUGGACAUUGGUUCUCAAGGUAGAAUUUCAGACGGCGGUGUUUUUAAACAUACUUCACUACAUAGAAAAAUCACAGAAGACAGGCUACACUUUCCUAUGGACAAGUUACUGCCCGAAAUAGGCAAUAAUGUGCCAUAUGUUUUCUUAGCAGAUGAGGCAUUUCCCUUGACAAAGAGGAUAAUGAAACCGUACUCGGGGAUGCACGAAAAAGGUACAACGCAGAGAAAAUUCAACUACCACCUAAGUCGUGCAAGAAGAGUUGUAGAGAAUGUUUUCGGCAUUGUUUCUGCAGUUUUUCGAGUUUUACGAAAACCCAUGCUAUUGGAACCAGAAAAGGCAAAAUACGUAAUCAUGACAGCAGUAUGCCUACAUAACUUUCUACGAAAAAGUAAAUCUCGAAAUACUUAUACUCCCCCUGGAACAUUUGACCAAGAAGACAGCAUGGGAAAUAUAAUUCCUGGUAACUGGAGAAGUGAAGGCAACAAUGAUUUGUCAUCAUUCAUAGCCAUCAGGCAAAUUCCACGUAAAACAUCAUUGGAAGCAAAAGAAGUGCGGGCUAAAUUUGCAACUUACUUUUACAAUAAAUGAAUAUAAUACCUAUGUAAAUAUUACUUCAUUUUCUGCCUAUUAUUCUUUAUGAGUCAAAUAUACUUACAUUGAGAGAAGUUAAUGUUUCUGUUGGUUCAUCUCUGUCUAAUAAAAAGGCCAUUCGGGUGAAAGCAAACCAUUUGGAUAUAUACACUUCUUGCCUACCUAUAAAAGAAAUUGUUUUUCAAAUAUAAUACC